UCUGCACUAUACAUGUACAAGGAGUUGAAGGACUAAUAUUUAGCAAGAUGGCGUCGAAUCGCUUCAGUUUUCUUCUACCAGUUGUUGUUUUAUUACUGGCUGGAGUGGGGAGUCUGAUGUCCAUAUCGUAUACAAAUGCAGUAACUACGCCACAGCCACGAGAGAUUCAGUAUUAUGGGACGGAGCGAGUCGGCACCAUGGUGGCAGUGAUCAUGGCGUUUGUUAUCGUACCAUUGGGAGUCUUUGGCUUCAUUAUGAUAUUUAUCUGUAACAUAAUAAUCUACUGCAAGAAAUCCCGCCAAGCCAAGACUCCAUCCUUCGAAACGAAGCCACCAUUCGACGAUGACAUACCAGAUGAAGUCAAACAAUGGAGUGAUACGAGCGACACAGAGGACGAGAAAGAAAUCUCAACCUUCUACAUGUUUAUGGAAACGAAAAAUGACAUACCUGACAUUUUGUCGCCAGCAAAUAUGUAACAUUCUUUCCCCAUCGAUCAAUAUAAUUUUACAUAUUUUGGUAAUAAUUGUACGUAUUAUGGUAAUGAUUUUAUCAAAAUGGUGUGCUAGAAUGCGGUACUAUCUAACAGAAAUGAAAUGGUUAAAGAUCAAUGCCCAAUAGCAGAAAAUCUCCCCUUCUAUGUUUGUUGAAACAAAAAAUUACACAGCUGACAUUUUGUCACCAGCAAAUAUUUUAAACCUCAAUAUUCGUAUGUCAUAUUAUUUGCUAAUAAUUUUAUCAAAAAAGUUAACUAAGAAAUGAAAAGGUUUAAGAUCAGUGCCCAA